AGCGGCGGAAGCGUUUUUUCGCUUUUCAAAAUGGCACCGUCUCAAUCAGGAAGUGGAGAAAACAACUAAGAAGAAUAAGUUGGAUAAAAUCCCCAGUUUCCGUUUCUUCGAGGCGACUCCUCGUCGAGAAUUUGGUCGCGCGGCCGGGGAUUGGAAUUCGAAUAAAAUACCGACUGGACGGUCAUGGAGAGCGUUUACCCCUGCUAGAAUUACUACCUAGGACAAAGCCUGCACGUGGGUGGGGGUCAGGGGGUGCAUUGCCUAAGUCAGCUGGUGGUCAUGUGUGAAGCUGUGGUCUGAUGCCAACCCUCCCCUCAGCGCUGGCCAUGGACGGGGAGAACUACCUGCAUCCAGAGGGUCCUCAGCUGGACAGCAACCUGUUCUCCGGUGGCUCCUCUAACAUGGAGAGUUCAAUAUACGCGUCCUCUGGAUCCUGGGGAUCUUUUUCUCAGCAGGCUGAAUACAGCAUACACUGCCCUAUGCAAUCUGGAAACCAGCAAUACCACUUUAACAGCAGCACUACCACCACCACACCGGAUGUGCACAUGGACGUGUACUCGGGAUUCCCGGAGGUGGACUUUUCCAGCCUCAACCUCCCUAGAAAUGGAGAUUUCCCACAGGACCUGUCCUGCAUUGAUGACCUCUCCACAAACUCUUUGUUCUCCUCACCGGCCGACUCGCUGUCGGAAUAUGCCGAUGCCCAGCCCUUCAUCAGCACAGAUAACCUGGACACGGUGCCCACCCUCUGGGACGUCAACACUAGUACCACCACACCAGCACAAAGCCAGCUAGAGCAGAAUGGCAGCAGCAGGUUUCAUGGCUUGGCCAGUUUGGAUGAUAUAACUGCUAUUAUCAGCACCCCACCUUUAGGAGGAUUCCAGGCUAAGAGAACUCAGACUCCGCCAGAGGAGGAAGAGGAUGCUGAGGAUGAGGAGACGGAGGAACUGGGACAUGUAGACACAUAUGCUGAGUACAGACCUUCGAAAUCCACCAUAGGAAUCUCUCAUCCUGACAUAGUGGUGGAGACCAACACACUAUCCAGUGUCCCUCCUCCUGACAUCACAUACACUCUCUCUAUCCCUGAGUCGACUAUUAACUGCGGCUUGCUGUCCGCUCUGCAGCUAGAGGCCAUCAUCUAUGCCUGCCAGCAACACGAGGUGAUCCUUCAGAACAACCAGAGAGCCGGCUUCCUGAUCGGGGAUGGGGCAGGGGUCGGAAAGGGCCGCACUGUGGCAGGAAUCAUCCUGGAGAAUUACCUUAAGGGAAGAAAGAAAGCACUGUGGUUCAGCAUAUCCAAUGAUCUGAAAUUUGAUGCAGAGAGAGAUUUCAAAGACAUAGAUGCACCGCUUAUUCCUGUGCAUGCCUUAAACAAGAUAAAGUAUGGAGACACAGCUACCUCAGAAGGAGUCCUGUUUGCAACUUACUCUGCGCUGAUAGGAGAGAGCCAAGCAGGAGGGCAGCGGCGGACGAGAAUUAAACAGAUCCUGGACUGGUGCAAGCCAGACUUUGAUGGAGUUAUUAUUUUUGAUGAAUGCCACAAAGCCAAGAAUGCCACAUCCACAAAGAUGGGCAAGGCAGUGCUUGACCUGCAAAACAAGCUGCCACGGGCCAGAGUGGUGUAUGCCAGUGCCACAGGUGCCUCUGAGCCAAAGAACAUGAUCUAUAUGAGCCGCCUGGGAAUCUGGGGUGAGGGCACGCCCUUCCGAGCAUUCGAUGACUUCCUGCACACCAUCGAGAAGAGGGGUGUCGGGGCCAUGGAGAUUGUUGCCAUGGACAUGAAAGUGAGCGGUAUGUACAUUGCCAGGCAGCUGAGCUUCUCAGGGGUAUCCUUCCGCGUUGAAGAGAUCAAACUGGACAGUGACUUCAAACUGGUCUAUAACAAAGCUGCCAAACUGUGGGCAGAGGCAUUGCAAGUUUUCUUGCGUGCAGCCGAUGAGCUGGGCCUGGUGAGCAGGAAGUCUCUGUGGGGGCAGUUCUGGUCGUCUCACCAACGCUUCUUCAAAUACCUCUGCAUCGCUGCCAAGGUCCGCUGCCUGGUGGAGCUGGCCCAAAAGGAUCUGCUGGCCGGAAAGUGCAUCGUUGUUGGCCUUCAGUCGACCGGAGAGUCUCGCACCAGAGAAGUCCUUGAUGAGAAUGAUGGACAGCUGGACAGAUUCGUCUCUGCAGCAGAGGGAGUAUUCCAGUCUCUGGUAUCGAAACAUUUCCCUUCAGAGAAACAGAGGAGAGAGAAGGCACCAGGCAAUAAGAGAAAACGGAAGCCUAGAGGGCGCCACCACAAGGUACCCAAGCACACAGUGGACAGUGGCGGUGUGAUCAACAUCACUGAUGACAGUAGCAGUGACUCCGACGGCAUGGACACAGACUCCAACUCCUCACCCGACUCCCUGCUGGACAACGAUGAUGUGAUCUUUGUGAACCACACUAGCUUCCAGACAGCGAGGAUAGAGGAGAUGAAGCAGAGCCUCCUCAACAAAAUAGCCCAGCUGGGAAAAGAACUACCUCUCAACACCUUGGAUGAGCUCAUAGAUAAGUUUGGCGGACCAGAUAAAGUCUCAGAGAUGACCGGUCGUAAGGGUCGCGUGGUUCGGCGUCCUGAUGGCAGCGUCCGUUAUGAGUCACGGGCUGAGCAGGGCCUCACCAUCGACCACAUCAACUUAAAGGAAAAAGACCGCUUCAUGAAUGGAGAAAAGUGUGUUGCUAUCAUCUCAGAGGCAGCCAGCUCCGGGAUAUCCCUGCAGGCGGACAAGCGAAUUAAAAACCAGAGGCGCAGGGUCCACAUGACCCUGGAGCUGCCGUGGAGCGCAGACAGAGCUAUUCAGCAGUUUGGUCGCACCCAUCGGUCCAAUCAGGUGACGGCCCCAGAGUACGUCUUCCUCAUCUCAGAGUUGGCGGGGGAGAGACGCUUUGCCUCCAUUGUGGCAAAGAGACUAGAGAGCCUGGGGGCUUUAACACACGGAGACAGAAGAGCCACUGAAUCCAGAGACCUGAGCAAGUACAAUUUUGAAAACAAGUACGGUACCAAGGCUUUGGAUAAGAUCACCAAAGCAAUCCUAGGCCACAUAGAGAACAAAGUGCCCCCUCCCAAAGGUUACCCAGGGGGUGAGGCCAUCUUCUUCAGAGAAAUGAAACUCGGAAUGAUGGAUGUAGGAAUCUUUUGUAAGGAGCCGCGCUUUGGGAUCAAUACAGAGAAAGACUGCAGCAUCACCAAGUUCCUCAAUCGUAUCCUGGGUCUGGAGGUCCACAAGCAGAACUAUCUCUUCCAGUACUUCACUGAUAACUUUGAUUAUCUAAUCGAGAAGGACAAGAAGGAGGGCAAAUACGACAUGGGAAUCCUAGACCUGGCCCCGGGUAAUGACGAGAUCUAUGAGGAGAAGCAGGAAUCUUUCCUAACAGUUGGAAACCCUCAGGAUGGACAGGUUGUUCUCUAUAAGAUCAGUGUGGACAGAGGUUUGACCUGGGAUGAGGCCUACAACAGGUCCCAGAAGCUCAACAGCCCCGAUGAGGGAUUCUACCUGUCCCAGAAGCUGCGAGGAAACAACCCAUGUGUGCUGCUGGCUGAGCAAGGAAGAGGCAAGAACUUCAUUGUCUUCAAGCCUAAUAUCGGCAAGCAGAGCCACCCCGAGAGCCUGGACAACCUACACCAGCGUUACCGGAAGGUGACUCCGGAGGAAGCAAGAGACAUUUGGGAGAACCAGUUCACCUUCUCCUUCAAGAAGUGUAGCCAUGCCAACUGGAAUGGGAAGUGUAAGAAAAUUGAGGAAGGCCAGGAGUGUCUGCAGGGCAUGCGCCUGCGUCAGUACCACAUGUUGUGUGGUGCUCUGCUGCGCGUGUGGAAGCGUGUGUCCGACGUGGUGUCUGACAUCACCAGCUCCAGCAUCUUGCAGAUUGUCCGUCUUAGAACUAAGCAGCACAACAAGCAAGUCGGUAUCAAGAUCCCAGAGAACUGCGUGGCCCGUGUGCGGGAGGAGCUAUUGCUAAUGGACGAGGAGGUGAAAAGGAGGCGAAAGGAGAAGGAGCAGCAGGCCGCGGAGCAGCAGCUGGCCGAGGAGCGCAUGCGUAAAAUGGAACAGGAUAACAAGCACCUCCUGGCGAAUCUGUUCAACCAGAAGCCAAUGCUUAACCAGUCCCUCCCUCAGCCUCUCACCCAGAGCCAGCUCCUCAAACUGAAACUGAACCAAAACCCUCUAUUGAGGGCAAAAACUGCAAGCUUCUCUCAGAUGCAGAGAAUGCCAGGCCAGAGCCAGUCCACCUUACAGCCCCCCUCCCAGAACUUGUUGUCCUUAAAGCGAAAUCCCAGCCAAACACAGCAGCAGCAGCAGCAACAACGGACCCAUAACAGCUGGCCCAACAAACCCACCACAACCAACAACAACCAGGCACCUCUGCCCAACGCUGUUAGCCUCAGCUCAAAUUUCUCUCAGUUUUACCCCCAGUCUUUCCUUUCCUCUUUUCCACAGCUGAAGAACCCGUCUCUUCCACUCAAUCAGGCCACGCUGUCUCAAAGCUUGUCUUCCAAGAAUCCCCUGAAUGAGAUCUUGGACCUAACAGUCAGCUCCCCGUCGCUCUCCCCAGACACCACAGAAGGCGGGCUGGCUCUUGAAGCUCUGGCCGGACACGCAGCAGCAUUCGACUAUAACCUGGAGUCUCUGAUUUCCCAGAGUGCAUUGAAUGCCCAGCACGCUGCACAAAUACAGCAGCCUCUUUUGCUACAACAACAACAGCACCAGCAGCAGCAACAUCUGCAGGUGACACAGCAGCAGCAGCAGCAGCAGCAACAGCAACAACAACAACAACAACAUCUACAGGUGACACAGCAGCAGCAGCAGCAACAACAACAACAACAACAUCUACAGGCGACACAGCAGCAGCAGCAACAACCACAGCAUCUGCAGACGACGCAGCAGCAGAAUCACAGCCUGCUGGCCAAUAACCACCAUCAGAACCUGUUAGAUUUGUUUGACGUGCCCCUUUCUCCCCAGAUGCCCCAGCAGAAAGUCAGCCCUUCAUCCUCUGCUUCCUCCUGCUCUUCCUCCACGUCCGCCGCCUCGUCUGUGUCGAACAACAUGGUCUCUCACAUGCCCGUUGGUCUCCCGCCUGCGUCCACCCUCAUCCCAACAUCAUCCCCCGCUUCUCUCUUCUCCAACCCGUCCUCCUCUUCUUCUCUGUUUCCCAGCCCCUCCCCCUGCUUCUCUCCCUCCUUCCUCCUCACCCAGUCGGACGCUCUGUCCUUACCCAACGGCCACUGCAGUUCUGCCACUCUCGACGUCCGCGAGGCGCUUAACAGUAUGCUACAGGCCGGUUCAGACCGCAAGUCUGUCAUCCAGUACCUGCCACAAGACUGAGAGCUUAGUUGUGUCAACAGCUCGGACUGUGUUUUUCUUAAAGUAUUUUUAUGUUUGAAAGCAGAUUGCGUCUUGUUUGCUGCUGUCUACGAUCGCACCCUCGGACCUAUUCCCUCUCCCCUCAGGGCCUAUAGUCACGUCACUGCCUGUCCUGCGCUCUGCUCACCCCUCUCUCUACCCACCUGUAGCAUUCACCUGCUUUAGGCUGUCGAGGUGAUGGCGGGCUCGAUCAAUACCAGAUUUCUACACCAAAGUGUGUCCUCCACUGGGAAAGGCAGCUGUUAAAAGAAAAGUGAAACAAAAACAAACCAUGUGAUAACUGUAUUUUAUCGAGCAUACGAGCUGUCCAAACAAAAGCUCAUUCAUCGAGGUGUGGAAAUUUUAAAAAUAAAACCUCCCACUGCUGAUUCUUUUGUACGAGGUAUGAUCAGCGAAGUUGCUGGAAGCUCGAAAUGCCUUUCCCCAGUUAACACCACAUCUUUUCAACUUUGCUUUACUGUUACUUCGCUUCUCGGCCAUUUGUCUUGGCUAAAUCAAGGCUGUAUGCAAGGCUUGGUUUAAGUGAAAACAAAAGACAGUGUUGAACUGGAAGAUGAGGAGACAAAAAACAGAAACACAUCAAAUCUGUUAGCUGAUUAGCCAUGAAAUGCCUCAGUUUUCAUUCUCUCCUCUACGAGCUCCCUCUUGUUUCUCUCCCUGCUUGUAUGAACACUAGAGUGAGGAAAAAGGGAGAGGAAGAGCAGUCUGCUGUUGCAAACAGUGCCUUUGGAGAAAUCUAUAAAUGCAGUCUAAAAAUCCAUGUAGCCUAAUGUAUAGAUUUGUAUUUUUGAGCAUUGGUUUUGAUUUUUAUUUAAUAUGGUGUCUUUCUAUUUAACUAUUAGGCCCCCUUCAGUCAGUCGUUCAUCGUUUGUGUUACACUACGCUGGUGGCGGCUUUCAGGAAGAAGCCUCCAUCAAGCCUGUUUGUGCUUGUUUGAUGGUCUGUGGAGCUGUGACAAUGUGCUGGGAGCCCAGUAUGGCACAAACAAGUCAAGCAGCAUUGAUAAAGAAAAUGUCUCCUUUUUUUUUUCUUUUUUAAAGCUGACAGUAACAUUUAGCGAUAUGACUCCUGAUUUGAUUUGGCUUUGAAUUUCUCAGGAAGGUCUCAAGUGUUUUUGUUGAGUUGUUUCAUGUGUCAUUUUGCAUACAUGGUGACAAAUUUACAUAGUUGCAGUCUUGAAUUACAGAGGAUGACACAGAGUUUAAAUUCUCUCUAGGUUAAAAAGGAAAACCCUGUUGUUUUUAACACUUUGACAGUAGCAACAAGUUACACUGGGUUCAGGAAAAGUUCAACAUAAAAUAAAUAACAAUGGAAACUUGUUUCAAUUCCAGGCAUUACUGCUCUAAAAAAAACUACAUUUGACACGUGUAGACUUGUAAUGUUCACUGUCUUUAAGAUUAGGUAUUCAAAAACCUGUGCGAUCUGGCCAUCUACGAGUGAAAUCGAUGCACUGUUAAUGACAAGAUGUUGGGAUACGUUCAAGUGAUGAUCAAAAAGCAAUAAAACCAUAUUCUACAUUUGAGAUGGAACAGAAAAGCCUCAUUACUGUUAAAGCUCAACAGGCAAAGCUUUAUAGCUAUGUGCGCAUGGUAUGAAUCUUCUUUUUUCUGUUGUUCUUCAAAGUCUUUCAGUUAAUCAGAGUCAACCUUUGUACAGAGAGUUUUCACGGGGAUGAGCGCAAUGCGUUCUUGAUGUUUUAGUCAUCGUUAUUAUAAAAGUUAUUGUUAUUUAUAUUUAAGGGAAAUUUAGAUUUUAGAUACGUUAUUCUGCUUAUUAGAAUAGUUAAAAAAAUGUUUGGUCAGGGACGUUUGUUGUUGUCAAGAUUGCUAUAAAACAAAUUCUAUUAUAACCUGCCACCAAAUAAGAUUGCACUGUUCUGUACUGCUGUACAGUGUCUGGAUUUAUUUCUACUCAUUUCAUUUUGCUUUUUUUUUGUUGUUUCCUCAAGUAUAAUUGUUUCUCCAUCUUCUUCUGUCCUUCUGUCAGGCCUUCAGUUCACAGAGAGAUACCAAAGUAUUCCACGAGACACCCCUAAAGUUACUGGCUCUAAGAUAUCAGACCUUUUAUCAAUCUCAGGAAGAAAAACCUAUAAGAGGUUUAACGGCGGGGCGUUAGUAGAAAUAUAUCAUUUCCCCCUGAUAACAAAUGGUGAAACUAACCAAUACACGUGCUGUUUUUUCUUAACUUUGUGCUGUGACUCUUGCUGUAUUUAUGUUUUAGACUUAAUGUGAUGGGUUUGUAGUUUGUCCUUGUGAAGAUGUCAGUGAUUUUACGUGUUUAUGCCUUCUUAGGGCAAAGAUCAAAUGCUGUUUCUUUUUUAAGGAACAUGAUUUUUCUGUGGAUGUUUUUUUUUCUCGUUACCUUUUGCAGUCAUCGGACGUUUAAUUCCUGUUGAAGCUCACAGAGUUUUGAGUCUAUGUGCACCCAGGUUAUACUGAAACGUGCAAUUGAUCAGUCGCCGCCUUUUCUCUCUCCCUCAGUUCAACAGCCGUUUAGGUUCAGAGUGACUCACUUGCUCACAUUAUCACAUAUACAUGCUAAUGUUAAUUUUUUUUUAUUGCAGAUUCUUGAAGUAACACGUUUUCCUCGUACCCUUGUUAAUUUUGCUUUCAAUAUUCCUCAUCAGGCACAUUCCAAGACAUCAGUCUGCAAAAGAUUUGCCUUCGACUCUGUGUGUUACAGUCACACAAAUACAGCUUUAUGCAUUUGAGGGAUACGGAGCAUCUUUAGGAAGAAAAAGCUUUUUUUUAAACUAUUAGUGUAGUUAGGCCUUUUAUCAUGUAGGUAUCAUUUUUGCACUAAGAAUGGCAUAAUCAAGUUACUGUUCUCUUGUUGUUAUGAUUGAGCGUAGCUUGUUGUGUUUCUUAUCUUCGAUGGAUUGCUCUGCAUAUAGUGUAACCAUUUCUCCCGUUUCUCCACCAUUUGCAUAUUAUAUAAAUGUUAUUACUCUCAAAUAAUUUAUUGCUAACAAAAAAAUGAAACAAAAAACAUGCUACUGAUUGUAUGUAUUUUUAAACAAAGCCUAUUUUUUCUGUACAAAAAAGAAACUGUGUUCAGCACUUUUAUUCUGGGUUGUGCUUUUGUUUUCUAUAUAUUUAUAAUUUAGAUCCAAAUGUAUAUAUUGUAAAAUUUGUGCCUUUCGACUAAUUCUUUAAAAAGGUUUUCUACUCAUUAAAGGAAGGACUAUAUGAAAUUGCAAUCUUAACUUUGUAAACAAAUAAAAACUUGAAGAUUGCUCAA